CUGGGCGAGAGCGUAGUGGCGGAGGCGCGGCUGCGAGUAGUUCCCCGAGUGCGGAGAGCUCGGCUCGGGGCGCGCGGGGCGGCGGCGCCCGGCUUAGUCCGAUCUCCGCAGGGAGCGACUAGGAGACCCGGGUGGGCUACUUUGCUUCCGGUGUUUUCGAUUUUUUCCUGCCUUGGGUUCGGGCCGAGUGUCGCCCCCUGAGCAGACAUCCCCGCGCAAAACCCGGAGCGACCCUCCCGUCAAUUGUCGGGCUCGGGAUCGCCGCGAGCGUCGCAGUGCCCCGAGCGCGCCGGGCGCGGAGGCAGAGGGCGCGGAGCCGGCCGCGGGCGGGGGCCCGGAGCUUUCCUGCGCGCCUCGCUCGCCGCGGAGGGUCCGCUCGCGCAGGGCGCAGGGCGCGCGCCAUGAAGGCGGUGAGCCCGGUGCGCCCCUCGGGCCGCAAGGCGCCGUCGGGCUGCGGCGGCGGGGAGCUGGCGCUGCGCUGCCUGGCCGAGCACGGCCACAGCCUGGGCGGCUCGGCGGCCGCGGCGGCGGCGGCGGCGGCAGCGCGCUGCAAGGCGGCCGAGGCGGCGGCCGACGAGCCGGCGCUGUGCCUGCAGUGCGAUAUGAACGACUGCUACAGCCGCCUGCGGAGGCUGGUGCCCACCAUCCCGCCCAACAAGAAAGUCAGCAAAGUGGAGAUCCUGCAGCACGUUAUCGACUACAUCCUGGACCUGCAGCUGGCGCUGGAGACGCACCCGGCUCUGCUGAGGCAGCCGCCGCCGCCCGCGCCGCCGCACCACCCGGCCGGGACCUGUCCGGCCGCGCCGCCGCGGACCCCGCUCACGGCGCUCAACACCGACCCGGCCGGCGCGGUGAACAAGCAGGGCGACAGCAUUCUGUGCCGCUGAGCCGCGCGGUCCAGGUGUGCGACCGCCUGAGCCCGAGCCAGGAGCACUAGAGAGGGAGGGGGAAGAGCAGAAGUUAGAGAAAAAGCCACCGGAGGAAAGGAAAAAAAAAAAAAGCAUCAACAAAUCUAGAAACGUUUGCAUUCGUCAUUCCAAGAGAGAGGGGAGAGGAAAGAAAAAUACAACUUUCAUCCUUUUUUUUGCACGUUCAUGAACAUUCUGCAUACAUAUUCUCUUUUGUCUCUUCAUUUAUAACUGCUGUGAAUUGUACAUUUCUGUGUUUUUUGGAGGUGCAGUUAAACUUUUAAGCUUAAGUGUGACAGAACUGAUAAAUAGAAGAUCAAGAGUAGAUCCGACUGUAGAAGCCUACUUUGUGACCAAGGGGCUCAAUUUUUGUUUUGAAGCUUUACUAAUAUACCAGAGCAUUGUAGAUAUUUCUUUUUACAUCUAUUGUUUAAAAUAGAUGAUUAUAACGGGGCGGGGAACUUUCUUUUCCCUGCAAGAAUGUUACAUACUGUAUAGAUAACUGAGUGACAUUUCAUACCAUGUAUAUAUAGAGAUGUUCUAUAAGUGUGAGAAAGUAUAUGCUUUAAUAGACUACUGUAAUUAUAAGAUAUUUUUAAUUAAAUAUUUUUUGUAAAUAUUAUGUGUGUGUUUUUUUAAUCUAUGGGAAUAUUUCUUUUGGAAAAUUAUUUUUCAGCUCAAUUGCAGAGCUCUUGAUAUCUUGAAUGUCUUUUCUGUUUGGCCUGGCUUUUAAUUUGUUUUUGUUUUGCCCAGUAUUGUAGACUCGGAAGUAACAGUUAUAGCUAGUGGUCUUGCAUGAUUGCAUGAGAUGUUUAAUCACAAAAUAAACUUGUUCUGAGUCCAUUCAAAUGUGUUUUCUUUAACCUAGAUUGAAAUCUUUGUAUUUGAAACCUACAUGUUGAAAAUAUACCUUAUCAGUUUUUAAGUCCAGGGUUUUAUAGUGUAACAUAGAAAGAGUGUUUUUGGUUUUUAGCUGAGGUCAAAAUGGAUUCUGAAUGAUUUUGCUUAUGGGAUGAGGAAAUGCUUGGAUCCUUAAGGAGUUUAUGAAAUCUGUUGUUUUAUCGAAGUGAAAAAAAAUUGCUUAUCACUCUUCAUUUUACACUAAAGCUUAAUGUCACUAAGUUUCAUGUCUGUACAGAUUAUUUAAAUCAUAGAAAUGAAAAAUGUUCUCUGCUUGCUACCAAAGGACAAACUCUUGGAAAUGAACACUUUCUGCUUUCCUUCCUCCAAAGAAUAUUAAUAGCAAACAGUGGGAAAAAAAUUAAAAGGCAUAAUGGCAAAUCCUUCAAGCAGGGAUAAAAGUCGAUCUUCAAACAUUAACUUAAGUAGACCAAAAAUUCUGAUGACCACAUCUAGAUUAUUUUUUUAUAAAAAUGAUUUUCACUACAGCAAUGUUAGUUACUGCUAAGCUACUGUCCAAUCUCUUGUGAUGUGUAACUUUUACAUGUGAAUAUUAAAGUAGAUUUAUCUGUCUUGUACUGUGAUUUCUGGUCUCAUUUCUUUAAAACCUUAUACUUAUUUUUUACGACUCUCUAUUCUCCUUAAGGAAGGUAACAUUUUCUAGGUUAGGUAGGACUGUCAGGGUUUGUGAACAUUACACAUUUAAUGUGAUGGGUACUUUUCACACAAGUUAGGUGGAAUUUUUAGAGUGAAAGAAUUAAGUAGGAUUUAAUUGGGUGCUUUGUAAAUAGUCAACUGUGUGUAAAUCUGUUUGAUUUUUUAAGGGAAAGGAUUUGUUUCAGAUUAUACAAGAAUAAAAGUAUUAUGGACCCAAGGGACUUUUUAUCAGGUCCAAUUCAAAUAUUUAUAUGAAUAUGAAAUAUCAUGGUCCCUAGUAGUUGAAGUGGCAAUGUCUAAACAGAAAUUAACAAAAUUAUUGCUAAUAAGUUAAAAUCAAUCAAAAGGUUUAAAAAUCUCCUAUUUCCAGCUCAGCUCUGUUAUCCCCUCAGCUCUGAUAGUUUACUGGUCUCGGAUAUUUUUAGAAUUUGGUGUAUUUGAUGUUGAACCUUAUAAAGUCAAAGGACUACUUGUUUAGAUGAGGUUUAUUUUUAUUUUUUUAUAUUAUUCAUUCGUGUCACACAUCAAGAAGAAAACACUAGAACACUGCUGGAAUUCCAAAUCUGAAGAAUUCUAACGAUUGCAUUCUUUGUUAUUAAAAAGGGCACAAUUCUUCCUUUUUAUUUGGCAGUUUAAUUUCAGUAGGAAGCAUGUCACAUGUGCGCUGUUGGUUAGAAUUAUGCAUCUGUCAUGCCUGACUGCUGAACCUUACCUAAACCUUUGGACACAGUUUAAAACUUACACUGGUGGACUAUGAACUUCAAAACAAAAUGGAUAUUUUUUGGAGAUAGAUGUUGCUCCUUAGUUAAAUUUAUAUUUUGGGCAUGAAAAACUAGUCAAAGAACAGUGUUAUAGAUACUACAUUUCAGAAAGUUGGCAUUUUCCCGUUGGCCACUGAAGCAGCAUUUGAUGUCUCUAAAGAAAUAAAGUCAUUGUUUAUUUUAAAAAAUUAUAUGCACUCGUACAAGAUGUUACAUUCCAUUAAAAUGUUGGCUAUGUCCUAACCAAGCAACCAGAUAACAAAAAAUAUUUUGAGUCUUUUAUCUAGGUAGUUCUAAUUUUUCAGAUAUUUAGUUUAGCAAAGGAAAAUAUCCUGGCUUCUCAUUUAAUUCGUAGUAGACUUUUCAUUGUAUAGGCACAACCAAAGAGUAAGACUCAUUUAAAACCUUCUAAGGAAAAAAGUAUCCCGCACAGUGGAUGUUUUUUCUAAGGUUGUUAUAAAAUGCUAACACCUCAGGCAUCUCAUGUUAAAAGAAGAGAGAAAAAAAACCUAAUUUCAAAUAACUAAUAUACUUUGAAAUUGUGUAAAUCUUACUUAAGUUUAUUGUCAAGCUUUAACUGCAUUUUUAGAACUCUUUACAAUUCUGACCCCACAAAUCUAAUGUAUUAGAUGACUUCUAGAACAAUAAAUCCUCACUGAGCAAAA